UUUGUUUUUGUAAGUUAUUGAGCAGUCUGAUUCUUAUUGAGCUACAAGAAGGUGGGAGUUAACCUUCACUAAUGAGUUCUUGCAGACGUACGAGAUGGAGUUUGUUCCAGAAGUAUGUAACAGAAUCAGAGAUACUUCAAACAAAGAUUAUGCACGGUGAUAGAAUAGACCAAGCAUGCGCCAUGUUGUCAUCACAUUGUGAAUUGAACGAUGUGAUUCAGCAGAAAUGCAGCCAUUACUCUUUUGGAGAUGAAUGUAUUGAUGACAUUGAGUCAGACCCUACAAGCCCAGUACUGUCUGACUCAAAUUCUAAUAUUCUGAGCAUUGAUACAGAACAUCAGAGUUUUCAGAGCAUCUCCAAAACAGACCAUGAUAAUAGUUCUCUGCAUACAAUGGGAGAUAUUCCAUCAGACUCUUUUCAAGUCAUUUUAAAUUCUCCUUCUGAGCAGAAUCCAGUAUUUUCAAGUAGUGAAAUGCUGUCGCAGCACAGUGGUGUACAGCUUCAUGAAGCAUGUGAUACUUCUAGUCAACCAGUCAUGAGAGAUUCUGAAGCAUUAAAUGGAAUAAACGGAGAAUUAAUUUUGUCCUCAAUGAAACACGUGGCUUUACAACAAAAUAAUGACCUGAAAAAGAUCAAUGGAUUUGCACAAUCCCAUAUUAAUCGAGAUAAAAGUAAAUCUUUUUCCAAAUGUAAACUGUCAUUGCCACAAAAUGACGUGUCAAGACUACCAGACUUUCCGCUAAAGUUCAAGUCUUAUGAUAUUUCAUUAGAUACAAUUCAGAGCCAAUCUAUAACAACUAUUUCUUCAGGUAUAAAAUCGAAAGAUUCAGGUAUGCCGAGAUCAGUGAGGUGUGUGAGGUUGCGCAGCGGUAGAAAGCGGUAUGAGCAAGUCCCAAGUAAAGUUGCAGAAUACAUUAGAAGAAUUAAGGAAGAGUGUAAGAAAGGAAAAUUUCCAAAGUCAUGUAUCAUUUCUAAAGAAAGUGUACACACAGAUGAAUUCAGUGAUGCCAGUGUUGAGAAUAACCUAGAGGCAUUGAUAGAAACAUUGAUAAAAAAAGUAAGGGAUCUUAAAUUUGAAGUAAACGCCAAAGACAAAUUUAUUUCAGAAUUACAAGAUUAUAUUACUAAACUGCUAAAUAAAUGUGCAGAAGCUGAAAACAGAACUGAUCAAAUGAGAUUUAAGGUGUGUCAUCCUUCGUCGAAAUUUCGUACUUGGGACCAAAAAAAGAACCGUAUUUUUCCAAAAGCAGAGAGUUUAAAGCGUGGUAGUAAAAAUCAAUUUAUAUCAGCAUACAAAAGAACAUUAUGUAUGAGGGCAGCUGAUGAAUCACUACCCGUUGACAUAAAUGAUUUGUUUUUGAGGAGAACUAGUAAUGUUGAAACCACAUCAAUGGCUCAGUUUAAUGAAGAGGAUAUAAGGCAUAAUUUAACUUUGAAUCCUGUUGUGACAUUGUAUAGCGGCUCGGUAAGAUUAGAUAAAAGAGUGGAGCCCCUUUCGGAGAUCUCAAGUGCAAAAACUACAGAAGACUCACUUGAGCAGGAAUUGUCUUUAUUCAGUAGAAUGGUAAGAGGAAGAUCAAAUUCAGAAAGGAUGUCUGUUGCACACUCGAGCAAUGUGUCUGCAGAUGAGCAUUCAGGCAGUGCGACGAGUCCCGAUCAGAAAUAUGUGUGUCGAUGUACAGGAAAUGCUGUUAGACCACGAGAUAUGUGUGAUCCCGGAACGUCACGUGCGGACGCGUGUGAGUUCUGCCUUUCACGGUUGAAACAGUUCGAGAAAAUGCCAGUGGUCUCUGAAAUAAAGAUUCCUGAAAGCAUAAAUGGCGAAGAAAGACUGUUGCGAACGAAGUCGUUAGAACAGAGUGGAUCGAGGAGCCUACGUAGUAAUUCUUUUGAAAAGGUUUCAAGAUGGCAAGAAUUCUUACCGCCAUCCUCUGAAUUAAUUGAACCAAGCCGGUACGAAAAUUUCGAUUGUCACAGCAGUGGACGUAAGACGUCCGAACAGAAUUUCACGCAGGAGUUUGCCACAGUAAUUCCAAGGCCUCUUAAUAUCGAUUCAUGCGAAUGUUGGAACCCAGAUGUGGAGCAGUCUAGUAUUCCGUUAGGACCUCGUGAUCAGAAACCAAAAAAUACAUUCCAAGAUUUCCGUGUACCACCAUUGGAACUUGGAAGUUUGGUAGAUGGUGAUGAUGCCAUUGACAGUGAUAUCAAUGGUGAUAAUAACACAUACACUAGCAGUGUGACUGCUAUACCAGUCGAAGAGGGAAUGUGUAAAACUAAUUUAGAUUUUUCUACCGAAGAAAAUUUGAGUUCCGGUCACCAGGAUAUAAGCGAAAGUACUACGUAUUCAUCCAGCACGUAUGCGACUUCUGAUUUUCAAGCAAGUAAAACACAAAACCAUGUGGAAUUUUCCAGUAAUAAUGUGGACCCACAUUUAAUAAAGGCUUGUGUUACGGAUUCUCAACAAGAACCGAAGACUUAUGGAAGAAAGUCACAAAGAAUGCAGUAUAAUAAUGUACAGCGUCUAAAGGAUGGCGCUGCUGGGAAAAUAAUGAACCAGAGCAAUAUUCAGAAUGAUUCGUUGCCAGCGUCAUCAGCAACUUCUACAUCAUACAGAAGUAUACAACGGUACAAGGCAACCAGAGAAGUCAAACUCACGUCAGCACAGCAGUAUUGUGAAGGAAAGUCUAGCCAACCUGCUGAAACAAAUGAUUGUGGUACUGGUGACUUUCCUGACCAUGUAAAAGAGCAGAAAUCCUCAGAUCAUCAUGCUGGAUCACAUGUAUGGAGAAGAAUAUUAUUGGGCAUGGCUUUGAGACGUUGUUUAUCAGAUUUAUUGAAUACUGAAAUUUGUCGUGGUAAAUUUCAUGUUUCUCACAAAUUUUCAAAGGAAGUUGUGGCACCAGGAUAUCCCUUUCAUCACAGUUCUACGGGGAAUGAAAACAUCGCAGGAGAGAAUGGCAGUAGAAACAUCUCUCAUACGGAUACUUACGUAAAUUUUACCUCCGUGUCGAGUGACGUCGAAUGUGAAGUAAAGAGAACUAUUUCAACUGACAAAGUUGUAAGCAGUGUUGUAGAAGAUUUGGGUCCAAAGGAAUCAGUUUCUGGCAGGUACAUAUAA